GCCACUCAGUGCCUAACAACCUCACGAAUCUCUUUCCUGUUCCUAAAAUUUUGUCAUUUCAAAGAUGUUAUAUAAAUACAUUUUUGUAUUGUCUUUUGCUCAACGUAAUUCUCUGGAGGUUCAUUUGAUUGGCCUUGGUCCUCACAGCUCCAAAAAGAAACAGGAUCUUGAUAAGCUCUAUGAGCUGAAGUCCAAAGCUCGGCAGAUUAUGAACCAGUUUGGCCCCUCAGCCCUAAUCAACCUCUCCAAUUUCUCAUCCAUAAAACCGGAACCAGCCAGCACUCCUCCACAAGGCUCCAUGGCCAAUAGCACUACAGUGGUAAAGAUACCAGGCACUCCUGGGACUGGAGGGCGUCUCAGCCCUGAAAAUAAUCAGGUAUUGACCAAGAAGAAAUUACAAGACUUAGUCAGAGAAGUGGAUCCUAAUGAGCAAUUGGAUGAAGAUGUGGAGGAGAUGCUGCUGCAGAUUGCUGAUGAUUUUAUCGAGAGUGUGGUGACAGCAGCCUGCCAGCUUGCUCGGCAUCGCAAGUCCAGCACCCUGGAGGUGAAAGAUGUCCAGCUGCAUCUAGAACGCCAGUGGAACAUGUGGAUCCCUGGAUUUGGCUCUGAAGAAAUCCGACCCUACAAAAAGGCUUGCACCACAGAGGCUCACAAACAGAGAAUGGCAUUGAUCCGGAAAACAACCAAGAAAUAACACAUGGAAAGGUCAGGGAAUGGACAACAAUGUAUUUGGAGAUACUUGAGCUGAGACCUCAGCCAUCUCAUCCUUGGAUUUUUUUUUUAAUGCUUUACAGAGAAGCAUAUAUUUUUUAUUAACAGUACAGCAAUAUCUAUAAUGACUGAGAGGAUCUGCCAAAAGAAUAAAGCCUCCUAUCCCAACUUCCAGUCCCUUUUCCCUGCCGUCUCAGAGAGGAACAAUGUAUCUUCCAGAGAAGACUUUAUUUGUGGUUUAUUAUAUAAGUGAUUGAAUAUGGAACAAAGCAUUAUGGUCUUGUUUGGUGAGACAGUAUUAGCAGGAUUUGUAGAGGUUUUUGUUUCCUUUUCCCUUCCCCUUUUCCCUGUACUUUGUAAUGUCAGUGUUUAUAUGAAUAUGACUUUCAUUUGCUUUUCCAGAAUAAAGAAGUUAUUAAUCGAA